GUACCGGCGAGCUCGUCGUCGCACAACGUCUCCCGUCCCCGUCGUGCACAUCCACGCGGCGCAUGUUGUUUGUCCACCUCCUCCGUCGCCUCCGCAACCAAGCACCCAUGCGCUGCUCGUCCGAAAAGUCUACCGUAUCUCCAGCAUCGUGCGGAACCCGAAGGCCAUGGUGCCCUCACCUAUGCUGUCUCGUUCCGGCAUAGACCCCGCAAUCCUCGCGCGGGACUGGGAUGCCUUCAGCCGUCAUCUUGCCAAGAGAGGUAUCACCAUCCCCGAAGUCGACGUCCUGCGAAGGCAAGACACGAGCGGGCGUCCGCAGCCUCCGACUUGGGUUGUCCUAUAUGCCCUGUGCUACAAGGUCGAACGCCAGUCAGACGCGUGGAAAGCACUUGUGCUAGCCUUCUUCCACCUCCCCGUCGUACCUGUCCACCUUCGACCAGCUGUUCUGAUCUUGAUGUCCUGCUGGCUCGCCGAGCACGACCUGCUAGUUCCCCUCCAGCGUCUCGUGGACUCAUUCCUCGAGAGGGAGUACGAGACGGAGCUCCAGGACUUCCACUUCCAACUCUUGUUACAGCUCAUCGCAUAUGCUUCGCUAUCGAGCCAAGUCUUCCCGAUCGUUCGACAUCUGAACCAGAGCACCUACGACGCCCUCCUUGGCAGUCCUUCUGCCCUGCCUACGACAGGUCUUAUUGUGUCGCGGAAGAUGAAGGCUCAAGGCUUCUCUCCCACUAUGCAGCACCUAGCACGGCUAAUGCUACUGGCGCGGACAAUAUUACGCCUCAUGAACGGAGAGAAGAUCUCUCCGGAUGGCCUGCUCCGCCUUGUGAGUUCUUUAGAGGCGCUUCAUGCCGAUGCGAUGCCGCCAGAGUCUGACAUUGCCGAGGGCGAACCCGACCCUAACGUCUACCAUGUUGGUACCACUGCUGAUGGCAAUCUACCUACGACCUCCGGAGCGCACAAGCAAGACCUGCGUGGCAAACCGCUCGGCGACAUUACUCCGCUGUUGAAGACAGCAAGCGUAUGGAAGAGUACUGUCAUGGUUGCUAGCAGAGAUCUCACCACGUCGUCCGAGUAUCUACGACAGGUGUACGACCGCGCUGUCCAUGUACAACCUCAACUACGUCUAGACGAACACUUGCAUGUCAUCGCGAUCCUCGGAUUUCUCCGGCGUCGCGACCAUACGAAUGCACUGGAGGUCUGGGACAAGAUGCGUCAAUACCAACCGCGGAUGACGAAGCUGACACUCACUGUCGGGGCGCAGGCGCUCACGCUCGCUGGCCAACCUAUGCGAGCCUUGGACUUGCUCUUCGACGCAACGGAGCUCCAGGCUAGCUCGGAAGAGCGCGAGGGGACCCCGUUGUCAUUGAUCGACACGCAGACGGUCAACAUCUUCAUGGUGUCGCUGCGGCGCAUAGGCUUCACGGAUGCCAUAUUCGUGUUGUGGGAUAACAUGGACACGAUGUUCGAUGUCCGGCCGGACCUCUACACCGUCGUCAUCCUGCUGAAGACUGCGCGUCUGGCGAGCAAGUGCAACCCUUCGUUCCGCAAGGACGACACCGACUCCGAUGAGCUGGCACGCAACUCCUGUUUCUCUCAGCUGGAGACGACCAUGAAUGCUGAAGCGACAAGGGGUUCGUCAGGGCUGUGGAACGGUGAGCGCGCCGGUGCAGUGGCCUUGCAUCUCGCGCAGGACAUCAUAUUCAGCAACUGGCCGGCGCUGAAGGAGGUACAAAGCCCCGCCGAGGCUCUCCGGCCCACUGGAGACUUCCAAGGGUCCUUCCCGAUGACGAGCCUUCUGCGUACUGUGCUACAUCGCACAGCGCCGCCCACCGCCCCUUCCCCGGAAGCUCAGUCUGCCUCCGCAGCGCGCGUUGCCCUCCCCUACCCGCAGAUCCUCCUAAAUGACGUCGCCUUCCGCACCUACAUCGACCUCCUCGCCUCCGAGUCGCAGAUCCCGCAGAUCCCGCUCGCCCUCGCGUGGAUGCGCGCGCUCGACAUCAAGCCCUCGAAGAACACUCUCGCAACCGCGCUCCUGUACUGGGCGGAGGUCGGGAUGGACGCACCGCUGUUUGAGCACUUCCGCGACGGGUCGAGCCAGUAUGCGCGGCUGAAGCGGUGGAUGGGCGAGUGGGUGGGCGAGCGGCUGAUGCCGACGGACAAGCACAUCGCUAUGCAUAUGCGGCGUUUGAAGUACUUCAAGGAGCAUAGGCGUCGGCCACGGCUGGAUCCGCAGAGCUGAAACUUGGAUUUGUUUGGCUACAUGCUGUAGGUGAAUGCUUGUACUACCUGGCCGAGCAUGUUGGUCAUGGCUUGUAUGGGAAUCAAUGCUAUUGUUGUGAUAGGUGUUCUUUGGACAUGCUAAUAUCGUAUCGCUUCCACGUCUGAGCCGUGCAUGACACGGGUAUCUUGGGCUUGCAUAUACACACAGGGCACGGGCAAGUGCGAUAUCAUAGG